GUUCAUUGCUAUCAAUGUAUGGCAUGAAAUAUAUUAAGACAACAAUUGCUAAACAUUGGCAAUGGCAGUCUUCAUUCGCCAUAUUGCUAGCAAUUUAGAUUUUCAGCAACUUUUAAUUGCCUGUCGAGAUGCGCCGUUAAACACUUCAAAAUUCCGAGAAAUUUACGUGGAUGUAAACAGCUCAUGUAUGGGUUCAAUCAUUUCAGCUUUACCAAGAAAAUCACCUAUUAAUGUGAAUAUGACCAGUCCUCAAGCAGAUAUGGUUCGCGAUAUAAUCGGGAGCAAUAAGGUUGUAAUAUUUUCUAAGAGCUAUUGUCCUUAUUGUACAAUGGCCAAAGAGCAAUUUCGCAAACUUUCUAUAGACGCACAUGUUGUUGAACUAGAUAGUCGUAAUGAUGCUGAAGAAAUUCAGAACAUCCUUGAAGAGAUUACAGGCUGUAGAACCGUGCCAAGGUGCUUUAUUAAUGGAAAGUUUAUAGGAGGCGGCACAGAUGUAAAAAAAAUGUACGAGCAGGGAACUCUUCAGAAGUUCUUUACUUAAUAGUGGCGAUUGCAAAUACAUAAAAUCGUUAUCCUAUUUUUUUUUUUGAAAUUAGGUAAAAAAAUGUAUAGUAAAUUAUAACUUGAACUAAAUUCAACCAUUGUUUUUAUAUUAUUUAUAUUUAAUUACUCUAAUCAAAAUAAACUUGUAUAAAAAAUUUAAACUGAA